CUAUGUUGGAAAAACUUUUCACUUAGCUUCCCUGAUGCAUGUUUUCACAUGUGGUUUUUCCCCUUCACACAGACCUCCAACUACGAGAAAAAUAGCCCAGAGCAUUCAGAAGUUGCUGGGCUCCAUCUUCUCUCAGUGCCCUGCAUCUCUUUGCGAGAGAGUGCAUUAAUAAGUCAGGAGUUAGGACCCAGAGAUACUUCUCAGACUUACAUGAUCUGACAGCUGCCUGGAGAUCAAUGAGGCGUACUUUCAGAGACAUUGCACUGAUGUGAGACACUUAGGGCUGCUCCCCUCCAGGUGUCCGCUCGCUCUGGGCUGUACUUUGGACUUUGAAGCACUGCAUUUUCUUCCCCAAGCCCUCCUUUCUGAUGGAAAUACCCUGAGGUUAAAGAGGAAGGAAUUAUCUUUCCAAUGCGGACAUCAUGAAGCUGACAGACUUUAUCCUGGUGCUCAGUGCCCUGGGGGUCACCCCCUCAGCCGCCGCAGGAUUCAGGUCACUCGUGGAGCAAGAAGACGCGCUCCUCAGACAUUUAUUCCAAGGUUACCAGAAAUGGGUUCGCCCCGUCUUACAUGCUAAUGACACCAUAAAAGUCUAUUUUGGAUUGAAAAUAUCUCAGCUCGUAGAUGUGGAUGAAAAGAAUCAGCUGAUGACAACGAACGUGUGGCUCAAACAGGAAUGGACAGACCACAAAUUACGCUGGGAUCCGGAUGAAUACGGUGGAAUCCGUUCCAUUAAAGUCCCAUCCGAGUCCCUCUGGCUUCCUGACAUAGUUCUCUUUGAAAACGCCGAUGGACGGUUCGAAGGCUCGCUCAUGACUAAAGCCAUAGUGAGGUCCAACGGGACGGUGGUGUGGACGCCCCCCGCCAGUUACAAGAGCUCCUGCACCAUGGACGUCACCUUCUUCCCAUUCGACAGGCAGAACUGCUCCAUGAAGUUCGGAUCCUGGACUUACGACGGGACCCUGGUGGAGCUCGUCCUGGUGGACGAGAACGUGGACCGAAAGGACUUCUUUGACAACGGCGAGUGGGAAAUACUAACCGCCAAGGGGACGCAGGGGAGCAGGAGGGACGGCGCGGGCUGGUACCCGUUCGUCGCCUACUCCUUCGUGCUGCGCCGUCUGCCCCUGUUCUACACGCUCUUCCUGAUCGUCCCCUGCCUGGGGCUGUCCUUUCUCACCGUGCUGGUCUUCUACUUGCCCUCCGAUGAGGGAGAGAAGCUCUCCUUGUCCACGUCCGUCUUGGUUUCCCUGACAGUCUUCCUCCUGGUGAUCGAGGAGAUCAUCCCGUCCUCCUCCAAGGUCAUCCCGCUCAUCGGGGAGUACCUGCUGUUCAUCAUGAUUUUCGUCACCCUGUCCAUCAUCGUCACCGUGUUUGUCAUUAACGUCCACCACCGGUCGUCCUCCACCUACCACCCCAUGGCCCCCUGGGUGAAGAGGCUGUUUCUGCAAAAACUCCCCACCUUACUUUGCAUGAAGGACCACGUGGAUCGCUAUUCUUUCCCAGAUAAAGAUGAAGGUAAACCAGUGAGUGGGAAAGUCCGAGAUAAAACGAAACAGAAGCAGGUGAGCGAUGGAGAAAAGGUCCUGGUUGCUUUCCUGGAAAAGGCUGCGGAUUCCAUCAGGUACAUUUCCAGCCACGUGAAGAAGGAGCACUUCAUCAGCCAGGUGGUACAAGACUGGAAGUUCGCUGCCCAAGUCCUUGAUCGCAUCUUCCUGUGGCUUUUCCUGAUCGUGUCUGUCACAGGCUCUGUUCUGAUCUUCACCCCCGCUUUGAAAAUGUGGCUGCAAAGUCACUACUAGGAAUCUAAAAGGCACACAGAAAGAUAUAGUGGCACCUUAGCACUGACAUCCGGCUCGCGUGUACAGACAACAUCCGAACACACGUGCCUACUGGAGAGUCCCCAGUGUGGACUGUGUCUUGUGUCGUCCUCAGGGAUCCUGAACCUGGUGCAUCCGCCCAGAUCAUCGGUAGGUGCCGUGAAAGCGGGUUGGGUUUAAAUAAAGCAGACCCUCCUGAGACCCCCUACCUUGGCUUCCACCGACAUUCAGGGAGGAGUCAUGGGUCCAAGCCUGAGGUCACAGGCCAGGACAUGCCAGGACCACUGUGGUGACCCACCAAGAAUUCCAGGAGGUUGUGUGGGCAGACCUGGGUCUCCCACAUCUACUGGUGUCCUUGGUGGCUUUGCCUGGUGGCAGGCUGACCAAGUGUGCUGUGCUUCCACAGCGAUGCGGGUGAGCCAUCUGGGGGUGGGGGGUGACCUGGUGCAAGGGCACCUGGCACACACACUUGUCAUUAUGCGGCUUCCAGGACGACUGGUGACUCAGGUCCCCCCACAGAUGGUGAUGGGUGAAGUCGAUCUGACUUGAACAUGGUCCACCCCAAAGGGGUUCCUCAUGGCUCAUACCUGGCAUGAUAAAGGUUUUCAGAUGGCGAAACUGGAACCUACUGUCAAUUGUGACUUGCUUUAAGGUCACAGCAAAAUAACUUACAGUAGAAACAACGUCAUUUGCUACUGGAAGUGUGGUCAUUAAUACCCAGUAUCUUUUCCUAGAAAAUUGAAAUGCUGAACGUUCUCUGACAGUGGUUUUUAUGUCCCCUCAUCUGAUCUAAUCCAUUUUGGCUGUACCCCUUAGGUGUUUACAUUCUGUUUUUUCCUCCUCCCCAUACCCCCUUCUCCCCUCCACCUUCUG